AUGGCCGAUAUCAGGAAAGAUGUCACUUCCGACCAUCUCGAAUACAGCGACGAUGGGAAUACCACCAAGGGCCAGGACAGCGACCUGGUACGCAACAUUCGCAACCUCCCCGACGAUGAACGGCAGCAGCUGGAGAAGAAAUUGGUGCGCAAAGUGGACAUUCGGCUGCUCAUCAUGAUGGUGAUCAUGUACAUUCUGAAUUACCUGGACCGCAACAACAUUGCUGCCGCCAAGCUGGCCGGGCUGGAGACAGACUUGAAUCUGAAGGGUGACCAGUAUCAGCUUUCGGUCAGCAUUCUGUUCAUCGGAUACUUGCUUAUGCAAGUGCCAUCCAACAUGAUCUUGAACAAGCUGGGAAAGCCAUCGCUCUACCUCCCUGGGUGUAUGCUCGUGUGGGGUGCGAUCUCCUGCGCUACUGCUGCCACGCACAAUUUCACCGGUCUACUACUCUGCCGUUUCUUUCUGGGAUUUGUCGAGGCCGCAUAUUUCCCCGGCUGCCUAUAUCUGCUUUCCGCCUGGUACACUCGCAAAGAACUCGGCAAACGAACUGCACUAUUAUAUUCCGGUUCCUUGCUAUCAGGUGCCUUCUCGGGUCUCAUCUCGGCAGGUAUAACCAGUGGAUUGAAUGGCGCACGAGGCCUUGGCGCUUGGAGAUGGUUAUUCAUUAUCGAAGGAUCGCUUACUGUAUUUGCCGCGUUCAUCGCGCUCUUCAUCAUUCCCGAUCUACCACGAACCACGCGAUGGUUGUCGGAGGAAGAGAAAGCCCUGGCUGCCUGGCGGUUGGAAGCCGACAUUGGUGAGGAUGAUUGGGUAGACCAGCAACACCAAUCUAUGUUGCAUGGCGCCAAGUUGGCAUUCUUCGACAUCAAAGCCUGGCUCCUCUUGGGAACCAUCUACGGCUGCACAGCUUCAGGAGCUGUAACUACCUUUUUCCCGAGUGUAAUGGCUGGGCUUGGGAAGAACAAUAUUGAUACCUUGCUGCUCACGACACCCCCAUAUUUGAUUGGCACAAUUCUCGUCCUGAUCAAUGCAUGGCACGCCGACUUGACGGGCGAACGCUAUCUGCAUAUCGCCCUGCCUCCGAUCCUCGCCAUUGUGUCGUUCAUCCUCGCCAUGGCAGGCAGUUCCUUCGCCGCACGAUAUGUGGCGAUGUGUAUCAUGCUUCCUGGAAUCUAUUCCAGUUAUGUGGUGGCUCUGGGCUACAUCUCCAACAUUCUCCCCCGUCCCGCAACAAAGCGAGCGGCGGCUCUUGCCUUGAUCAACUGUUUGAGCAAUGUCUGCCAGAUCUAUACCCCCUAUCUCUACCCGAACUCGGCAUCACCAAGAUAUAUCACGGCAUUCAGCGUGAACAUCGCAAUGUCAUCUAUGACCAUCAUCUUUGCCACAAUCCUGCGUCUUUACCUGGGACGUCUGAACAAGCGGCUGGACCGAGAAGAAGGUACCGAGAUGGGGGCCUCGAGUGGCCAGCGGCACGAUAAUGAAGAACAUGGGCUGCCUGGUCAGGCUGUGACUCGAGGGUUUAGAUUUCUGCUCUAG